GCGCGUGCGCGGCGCAGUGGCCGUGGGGGUUGUUGACGGACCCGGAGUGGCUGUGCUGGGCGCCAUGCUAUCUCCCGAGGCGGAGCGAGUGCUGCGGUAUCUGGUGGAGGUGGAGGAGCUCGCGGAGGAGGUGCUAGCGGACAAGCGGCAGAUCGUGGACCUAGACACCAAGAGGAAUCAGAACCGAGAGGGUCUACGGGCCCUGCAGAAAGAGCUCAGCGGCUCCGAGGAUGUGAUGGUUUGCUUCGGAAGCAUGUUUAUCAAGAUGCCGCACCCUCAGACCAAGGAGAUGAUUGAGAAAGAUCAGGAUCAUCUGGAUAAAGAAAUUGACAGACUACGGAAACAACUGAAAGUGAAGGUCAGCCGCCUCCUGGAGGCCCAAGGCAAACCGGAGCUGAAGGGCUUUAACCUGAACCCCCUCAACCAGGACGAGCUUAAAGCUCUCAAGGUCAUCUUGAAAGGAUGACGUGUGAGCACCGUGGUGGGGAAGUGCAGACCAGUACCCCCAAGUCGGAGGAGUCGGGCAGGGGCAGCUGUUCCUGGAAGCAGCAGGCAGCUCGCCGGGGCUCCCUGCUCAGCCUGUGUUGUGCUGGCCUGCUGGGCGGUGGUGGGAGGGGUCCUCGGCCCACCACCUCAGCCUGGAAGAUACUGGACCUAUUGAUGGGCUCUGGCGGCCACCAGCGGGUGGGUGGGGGCGAGAAUGACUGCAGUCUGCACUUGCUGACAAUGGCCUGCUGUUCCCGAGGGGCCCCAGCCGGAAGAGGGACAGAACUGGGCUGCCUUCCUGCCUGCCUCGCAGGAGGGAUGUUUUGCAGGCAGCACCUGUAGUGGAUCUGGAGCAAGCCUGUGCUUCGUGGUCACUGCAGCGGCCGUCUGGGGGUUGGCACACAUUCCCCUGCUGCAUCCAGGGCACAUGUGCCACUUACUGGCUGCCUUUGUGGCCUGGGCUCUGAGUGGGCCAAACCAUCCUGUGUUCAAGAAGGGCUCAAUAAAAACAGCGAAACAAA